AUUAGAGCGAUGUUACGUAUAUUAAAAAGACGAAAUUUUGUAGGUAAAAACGGGAAUUUUAAUGUUAGGUGUCAUCAGCUGAACCGCCCCAAUUUUUUGGUGGGGGUGCGUACCUGGAGGUUUUGGGUGCGUGCGGGGAGGUUAACUCUUAAUUAA